GAGCUUGGUGGCGCUUGGGUGAAAUUCGAAAGCGGUGCGACAGUAUCCAAAGUGUCUUUCCCCUCCGACUACAAAUACUCGACUAUCAUCAUGGAAAAUCUGCCGGCAAAUACUUCCAGAUUAUGUGUCAUUAAACUGCUAGCCGCCGCGGUAACAACAAAAACACCGGUGGUCGAAUUACGUAUCUUGUCGCAGAGGGAGCAAAACACAUGCAGCGCAAUCGUCAAAUCCGGCGAUAUUUCAUCUAUCGAGAGAGCUUGCAGCAAGCUAAACUCACUCGCUCCUUCUCCAGGGUUCAAGGCUUCCAUUGAGCCUAUCAAAUUACCAGCUAGCCAAAGCCCGUACCAAGUUCAUUGUCGGAAAGUUCACUGUGCCUGGAAUCGGCCAACCCGAAGAGCAAAUCUAGUCUUUGGAGACAAGACCACUGCUCUCAGUGCGUAUAAGCACCUCGAAGCAAGGGAAUGCAAUAUCCUUGGAUCCAAUAUUAGUGCAUCUUACCCAUAUAGCCAGAAAGACCAAAGGAAAUGGGUAGUAAAGCUUGAGGGGUUGAGCGAUGCAACGAAUGAACAAGACAUCAUCAUGGCUAUUCCGAAGUUUGAUAGACCUCAAACUGUCCAUCUUGGAGAACCAAGCUAUGUCCCUGAUCCAGACCGCGACUCGGGUAUUGUCAAAUCCAUGCUGCUAAAACUUGGUCCCCUGGAACAAUGGAGUGUAUCUUCUGAUACCGGAGCGAAGCGCUUCAACGCAUAUGCCACUUUUCUCUACGAAUCAUCCGCAAGAGACGCCGUGUCCACCCUAAAAGACACACCACUGUCGUUCAAUGAGACGACAAAGCUGUCGGUGGCACUUGUCGCAUCUGCCCAGUUCAAAAUACAAGCCAAGGUUUACAAUGCUGUAAGUCCGCAAAUAGACGAACUGAAAACAGUCUGGAUGAGGCAGCGUAUUGGCGUUUCCGAAAUUCUGCUCAAGUAUCCAUUUCGCAUGUUGAAAUUAGAAUGCGAAGACCAUAAAUUAAUGGUGCAAGCUAAAACAGCUUUGGAGAAAGUUGUCAGCGGACAGAUUGUUAAGAUGGAUGGAAAAGACUUUCGAUUCGGAAACUUUCGACAAAACGGCACAGGGUUGAAACACAUCAAGUUGAUAGAGGACUCGUUCAAAGUAGUCAUCAUCCCCGAUAUGCGCAAGUCUCAGUUCCGAGUUUUUGGACCAGAAGAAUAUUCACAGUCAACUUUGGAUAAAAUUACGACAAUGCUGCAGGACUGCACGCCUGAGGGCCAUACCAUGGCUUCUGGAAAAGGCUCGAUCUCUGAGAUGGAAUGCCCGUCCUGCUUGUGCGAACUCGAAGACCCGAUCCGCAUGUCUUGCGGUCACAUCUAUUGCAGCGACUGUUUUAUCCAAAUGUGUGAAGCGGAGAAGACGGCGACGAAGGAGUUUCGUAUCCGUUGCGUGAAAGCCACUGAUGCCAGGGGAUCAAUCUGCCAAAAGCCCUUCUCGCUUUCAGAAAUCCAAGAGCAUCUUCCCGUUGAGGCGUUUGAGGCGGUUCUCGAGAAAUCCUUCGAGUCCUAUAUCAGUCGCCAUCCUGGUGAUUUUACAUACUGCCAAACACCCGACUGCAACCAAGUCUACCGGAAUUCACCUCCUGGCCCUGAGCGCCCCGAUACAUUUACAUGCAAGCAAUGUCUGGUGUCCAUUUGCACAUUUUGCCACACCUCGCACCCUGGCAAGCCGUGUGACGAGGCCAAAAGAAUUGCCAAACGAAUUGGCAAGAGCAUUCUGAGUGAUGAGACGAAAAAAGCACUUGGUAUUAAAUCUUGCCCUAAUUGCUCAAUGUUGAUGGAAAAAAGGGACGGGUGUAACCAUAUGACUUGCAAAUGCGGCGCGCAUGUUUGCUGGGUGUGUCUCAUGUCCUUUAACGAUGGUGAGGCAUGCUACACUCAUAUGACCAAGGCGCAUGGUGGAUAUUAG